AUGGUUAUAAUAUUUGUUCUUUUUUGUUUCAUUUCUUCCCUCCUUUUAAUUAUUCUUUUCUUUUUUCUUUUUUUCUAUUUCUUCUUCUCCCUCUACUGCUGCUGCCAAUACAAUUUUUUUUUAUUUUCCUGUCUUUUUUUUUUUUUUAGUUUUCUUCAAUUGUACAUCAUUUUCAUUAUGGCUUAUUUCUUCUUCUUCUUCUUCUUCUUCUUCUUAUUAUUAUUAUUAUUAUUAUUAUUAUUAUUAUUAUUAUUUGUUGCUAUUGUUCUUUUACGUCUUCUUUUUUCAUUUUCUUAUUUUUCUUUUCCGUCUUUUUCUUCUUAUUUUUCUUCUUCGUCUUUUUAUUUCUUCUUUUACUUUUUCUUUUCUCCUUUUUGUUAUACUUCUUUUAUUUCUUCUUUUUCUUCUUUUAUUUCUCAUUCUUCUUUUACUUUUUCUUCUUUUUCAUUUAUUUACCAUUUUUCUUUUACUUCUUUUAUUUUUUUAUUCUUCUUUUUUACUACUUCUUCUUCUUCUUCUUCUUUUAUUUCUCAUUCUUCUUUACUUUUUCUUCUUCUUUUAUUUCUCAUUCUUCUUUUACUUCUUCUUCUCCCCCUUCUCGUCCUCCAUAUUUUUCUUCAUCGUCUUCCUUUAUGUUUUUGUUUUUGUUUUUUUUUAUUUCUCUCAAACUUUACUCUCAUAAAUUUCUCCAUUCUUUCAUUUUUUUUCAUUCUUUCUUUUAUCUUUUCUUUCUUUCUUUCUUUCUUUUCUUUCUUUCUUUCUUAA